GGAGCGCACGACGUGCGCGCGCCCUCCGCCUCGUCCACCGCUGCCGCCUCCUUCUUCUGCCGCUCCUGGUGCUGCUUGUGUGUUCCUUCAGUGCGGACCUGGUGCCUCUUUUGUGAAGCGGCAGCUGAGGAGACUCCGGCGCUCGCCAUGGCCGACGAGAAACCCAAGGAAGGAGUCAAGACUGAGAACAACGAUCAUAUUAAUUUGAAGGUGGCGGGGCAGGAUGGUUCUGUGGUGCAGUUUAAGAUUAAGAGGCACACACCACUUAGUAAACUAAUGAAAGCCUAUUGUGAACGACAGGGUUUGUCGAUGAGGCAGAUCAGAUUCCGGUUUGAUGGGCAACCAAUCAAUGAAACAGACACACCUGCACAGUUGGAAAUGGAGGACGAAGAUACGAUUGAUGUGUUCCAGCAGCAGACAGGAGGUGUCUACUAAAAAGGGAACCUGCUACUUUACUCCAGAAUUUUGUUAUAGACCAAGAAUACAUUCUCAAUUAGAAAGCCGCAAUUUGGUUCCACCAUCCUGACUACUACAGUAUAGUUUUCUCUAUUCUUUCAUUUCCCUGUCCCCAUUUCUUUAUUGUACAUAAAGUAACUGGUGUAUGUGCACAGCAUAUUGCUCUUCUUUUUCUUUUUUGAACUAAAUGGCCAAUGUUCUGCUUUGGUUGACAUCAGAUGGAGACGGUCUGGGGAAAGUACUGGUUCUGUGAAAACACCCCCCCUUUCUCCACUAGUGGCAUGCUCAUUCAGCUCUUAUCUUUAUAUUCCAGUAAGUUAUUUUUCUCUCAUUGUUUUAACAAAAGAACCCAACAACAUAAAUCCCCGCAUACCUUGUUCGAUUGGAGAAUUUUAAUGUUUUUCAUUUAUCAUUGUAAAACCAAGGACAAUUUUAUAACUUUUUUGUACGUAGCUGUUACAUGUAGGGCAAUCUGUCUUUAAGUAGGGGUAAAUACUCUUGAACAAAAUGACCCUAGAUAGUUUUCCCUUCAAGUCAAGCGUCUUGUUGUUUAAAUAAACUUCUUGUUUAAAAUGA